CCCCGCCCCGGCCCGGCCCGGCCGGCAGACUUACCUUCUGGAUCCGCUUCAACGCCAUCCUGCUCCCGCGGCGGGAGGCCGAGACAGAGUGACUCACCCUCUCGUCCAGGAGGAAAUCAGAGCAGCCCGGGCCAGAGCCUUGCCUCGAUGGAGUCUCCUCCCGGACCCUCGGCCCCAGCAGACGAGACCUCUGAGGCGGCGCGGGCAGCAGAGGAAAAUGCAGAUGGGCUGGGUCGCCUUCUUCAGGGGUCUAGAGAGCCAAAGGAGUCGGACCUCCUCUCAGAUGGGACGGAUCAGCUGCAGGAGACCAGAGAGCCAAAGGAGUCAGACCUUCUCUCAGAGGCCAGCCACAGGUUCCAGAGCCUCCUGUCACUCCUGGGCCUGGAGUCCCGGCGGGACCGGAAGCUCGGCCUGCAGGACGUCCGCCGGAUCAGCUCCGACAGCAUCAAGAGCUGGGCUCCCCAGGGACCCAAAGACCUGCCCUGGAGCUUCCUGCGGAGGCUGCUGGCUCUGGACGGGUCGGCCAGGGACACCACCGUGAUGCCCGGGUCCCCUCUGGGAGCUGGCGCCAGCGGGGGCCCGCCCGCCGCCGGGGAAGAGGAGGGCCUGGCGGGCGAUGAUGACAUUUACUCGUUCACGGAGCUGGCCGUCCCCGAGGUCCCGUUGAGCCCCCUGGAUCUCCUGUGCAUCAUGCUGCUCUGCUCGGACAGUCUCCUGCAGCAGGAGAUCCUACUAAAGAUGGCCCUGUGCCAGUUUGCCCUGCCACUGGUGGUUCCAGACGCAGAAGGUGGCAAGCCCACCUUCUUGCUGUGGGCCAUGAGGGACGUGACGAAGGCGUGGGGCCCUCCCACUGGAAGGGAAGCCGGGGGCUGCGGGGAAGAGAGCGUGGUCCUGGCCAGGAUGCCGACCAUCUCCUUCGUGCGGAUGGAAGUCAGCCGCCACUCCAAGUCCCAGAUCCUCAACGCCGUCCUCGGGCCCGGGCAGCCGCCCCAUGACACCUUCGUCCACCGGGACAUGGCCUCGGGGGGAAUCUCCCGGGAUAUCUCGGAAGGGCUGGUGGAGAUCUCCUGGUACCUUCCCAGCGGGAAGGGGCCCCAGGACAUUUUCCCGGAGCCCCUCGCGGUUACCAACCUCCGGGGGGACGUCGGAAGCCACUGGCCACAGUUCCGGCUCCUGACCGAGGUCUCCUCGGCCGUGUUCAUACUGACGGACAACGUUGGGGCGCGGGAGUACGAGCUGCUGAGCUCGCUGAAGGAGUCUCCCCCUAACUGCUACUUCAUCCUCAGCCCCUACCGGGGACGGCGCCACGCCAACCUGCGCUUCCUGGGCAGACUGAUGUCCGAGCUGAAGAUCGACUACUCCCACGUCCUGGUGAAGGUCAGCGGCACCGACCGUGCGGGCUUCGUGCGGAGGCUGCGGUCCGUCGUCAAGGGCGUCGUGGGGGCCCCGGGCGCCCGGCGGGCAUCCUUGGAAGACAUGGCCCGCGCCGCCCGCCAGCUGGGGAUGUGCGUGGACGAGGACGGAGAGGAGUGUCAGAGGGCCCGAGAGCUGGCUGAAAGAGCUACCGGGGGAAGCGGAGGCCAAGGGACGCUCCCCAGGGAAUCGCCGGAGCUUCCCGGAGGUCCCCGGAGGCUGGGGGUGGGCAAGGGGCUGGGGCCGGACGGCCCGCGAGGGCCCACGGAAGACCCCCCCGAGGGGCAGAAGUCCCAGCUGGGCCGAGGGCCGGCGGCCGACCGGACGCAGCGGGACCCGAGGGGGCGACUGGGAGACCUGCAGGGGUUUCUCAAGGGGCUGGCGGACCCCUCCCCGAGGGGUAGGGGUUAUUUUCUGAAAUGGCUGAAUUACGGACCGGGCCGCCCGACGCCGGGACAUCUGAUUGAACUGCGAGCGGCAGCUUCUCCGCCCUCCAGGCCUAACCCCGAUGGGCUGGAGGCACUGGGCCAGCCCCGGGGAGCCUCUUCCUUGGGGGCGGGGUCCCUCCUCAGAGAGAUGGGGCGGCUUUAUGAGGCCGAAAGUGGCCCGGGGAAGACAGGGAAGGUGCCGGGGGCCCGGGGGCCAUCUGCCCACUUCCCACGGCUAGCCGCCGAGCUGCUGCUGGCCGGGUUUCCGCUGGGGCUGGCAGAUGGGGACGCCGGCGGCCUCCCCUUGAGGUGGGUGGCGGGGGUCCUGACGGCCCUCCAGGCCCGGCUGCGGGGGAGGUGCCGCCUGCUAGUGCUGUCCGCGCUGGGAGCCCAGGGCGUGGGAAAAUCCACCCUCCUCAACACCAUGUUCGGGCUGCAGUUUGCCACGGGCGGCUGCCGCACCCGGGGAGACGUGGUGCAGCUCGUCGAAGUGGCGGAGCCCUUCAGCCAGGACCUGGGCUGGGAUUUCCUCCUGGCCAUAGACUCGGAGGGCCUGGCGGGCCGGGGCCGGGCGGCUCCGGAGGGCGGGGAGGAGGGGGACGUGGACGAGCGGGACCUGGCCCGGGCCACGCUGGCGGUGGGGUUGAGCCACGUCGUCCUGGUCAGCGUGACGGACGCCGCGGACGUCCCACCCGCCGUGCCGCGGGCCUUUCUGCAGAUGGAGAGGUUGGGGCACAGGCCGAGCUGCCAACUGCUGCUGCACCAGGGCCCCGGGAGCCUGUCCGCCGCCCCCCGGGACCCGGCGGAGGGGGCGGGCCCCUUGGGGCAGUGGAGCGUGGCCGCGGCUGGGUUGGAGAAGCGAAGACUGGGGCAGACUCCUGGCCAGGCGGCCUUCCUUCCAACAAGGGGGCACACCUGGCAUAUUCCCGGGCUGUGGCACGGCACGCCUCCCAUGGCCCCGGUGAGUCUGGCCUACAGCGAGGCCGCCUUGGAGGUGAAGCGCUGCCUGAUAGAGAACUUGCGGAACGGCCCGCCCUACCCCGACCGGAGCAUCUCGCAGCUGAUUGAGCGGGUGAGGCGCCUGGGAGCGCCCGGAAGCAAUAAGGCUACAGCUCACGUGGGACCGCCGUCCUGAGGGAGAGGCGGCUGAGCGUCGUGCCUCUGAGCGUUGGGAGAGGAAGCGGCCAUCCUCCGGGGGGUUGCCUUGGGGUCGGGGCCGGCCCGGCUCUGGAGGAGGGGCCCGUAAAAGUCCUGGUAGAAGAGAGCAGCUGGAAUCGCCUGAUGGGCGACGGGGAGGCCCCGGGCACCCAAUUUCCCCAUGUCCCCAGAGGCAGAGGUGGUCUUAUCAGGCAGAGACACGGAGAGUUUCAGGCACAGCUGGUCUAAGGAGGUCUUCGGUGUCCCAGGCAGCUUCUCAAGCAUCUUUAAGCCCCUGAAAUCCCAUCCCAAGCCAAAGCGCUCCCAGAGCGGAGAACGGCAGUCCCAGAUCCCUCUCCGAGAGGGCUUCCAGGACCCGAGGGAGAAGGGAGAGGGGAUGCGAGGGGCAGGGAGUCGGAAUAUUGAGGGGAUGCAUUGGAAGAGAGCCGGGGUCAGGGGUCGUGCUCCUGUUAGCAUCGCGGACCCUCCCAGGCACCGUCACCAUUGUUAAAUCGUGCUGAGGGUUCACAGGCUGGUGGUCCUAGACUGUGGGCCUAGAAUUCUUGUCGACGCUGGUUCUUGGUUUACCCUGGGCAGGUAUUUGCUUCUAGGCUACAGUUUCCCAUCCUCCUGAGGGAUUUACAGGAAUGGAGUUUCCCGGCGGAAAGGGCAGUGUGAACAAAAGGCAACUGGCAGUAGACAAACUCCCCCACACCUAGCCCUCGAGAAGCCACCCACCUUGCCCUACUCCUGGCUCAUGAGGGCCUGAUGUUGGGGGAGCUUGAUGUCCCUUUACCCUCCACCCCAGUUCUCGGUCCCAUAACCAGGUCAGGCCCCUCUAGAAGCCAGAAGUUUUGGGAGCAUUUUUGGUAGCAAAAAAGCUUGGGGAUCUCACGCUGUGGCUCUCCUGCCCCAUCUCCACUCAGUUCCCACUCAAUCAGGUUGCACCUGGGAAGGGCACCAUAAAAAUGUCACUGUAUUGGAUCCCAGGGCCAAGGGUCAUUUUCCUCCCCAGGCUGUUCUUGUGGGAUGGGUAAAGAGUAGCUUGAGCGCAAUUUAAUACAUGUUGCACGACAAGCAGCUGAAGUCCAAUAAAUACCUGGGUCAGCAGAGGCCCGGAGGGUGAGAAUCCAGGCCUGGCGCUAGGCCUAGAGGGGCCUCAAAAAAUAUCAGAGCCCUGGGCCCCCCGACUGGGUGAUUUCUGGGGUCACACAGGCUCUCUCCCUCCCACAGUGCCUCUUUAGGUCUUUGCCCUGAAAGAGGGUUUUCAACUGUUUUAGAAACUACAUCCCUGUAGGCUCAAAAAAGCCCUUUCCUUACACCACCACAAACAGGAGCUUGUACUGUGGAGGUUGAAGGAAUCAGAACCGUCUCAACUUCCCACUGAGCCCUGGGUGGGAAGUUAAGCCCUUCCAUUAGAGUGGAAGCUCCUUGAGGGCAGGCAACAUGUCUUGUACUCUGUUGUACCUCCCCAAGCACUUAGUACAGUGCAUUGCACUCAGAAGGUGUUCAAUAAAUGCCAUUACUACUACCA